CCCCUGCUUCUCGCUACAGCUGGUCGCGGCAUGGCAGGGGCGAGGGUGUCGCCUCACGCCUGGGGGUGGCUGCUGUUCGGCAGUUGCCUCCUCGUCGGAGCCCAGCUGGAUUCUGAUGGCACCAUUACUAUAGAAGAGCAGAUCGUCCUGGUGCUGAAAGCUAAAAUACAGUGUGAACUCAACAUCACAGCUGAGCUCCAGGAAGGAGAGGGAAAUUGUUUUCCAGAAUGGGAUGGACUUAUUUGUUGGCCCAGAGGAACAGUGGGGAAAAUAUCGGCUGUCCCAUGCCCUCCUUAUAUUUAUGACUUCAAUCAUAAAGGAGUUGCUUUCCGACACUGUAACCCCAAUGGAACAUGGGAUUUUAUGCACAGUUUAAAUAAAACAUGGGCUAAUUAUUCAGACUGCCUUCGCUUUCUGCAGCCAGAUAUCAGCAUAGGAAAGCAAGAAUUCUUUGAACGCCUCUACGUCAUGUACACUAUUGGAUAUUCCAUCUCCUUUGGUUCUCUGGCAGUGGCUAUUCUCAUCAUUGGUUACUUCAGACGAUUGCAUUGCACUAGGAACUAUAUCCACCUGCACUUAUUUGUAUCUUUCAUGUUGAGAGCUGCAAGCAUCUUUGUCAAGGACAGAGUGGUCCAUGCUCAUAUAGGAGUAAAGGAGCUGCAGUCCCUGAUGAUGCAGGAUGACCUACAAAAUUUCAUGGAAGCGCCUUCUAUGGACAAAUCACAAUAUAUUGGGUGCAAGAUUGCUGUUGUGAUGUUUAUUUACUUCUUGGCUACAAACUACUAUUGGAUCUUGGUGGAAGGUCUCUACCUGCAUAGUCUAAUCUUUGUGGCUUUCUUUUCUGACACCAAAUACCUGUGGGGCUUCAUCUUAAUAGGCUGGGGGUUCCCAGCAGCAUUUGUUGCAGCCUGGGCUGUGGCACGGGCAACUCUGGCUGAUGCAAGAUGCUGGGAACUUAGUGCUGGAGACAUCAAGUGGAUUUAUCAAGCCCCAAUCUUGGCAGCUAUUGGGCUGAAUUUUAUCCUGUUUCUGAAUACGGUUAGAGUUUUGGCUACCAAAAUUUGGGAGACCAAUGCAGUUGGACAUGACACGAGAAAGCAAUACAGGAAACUCGCCAAAUCGACGCUGGUCCUGGUGCUGGUCUUCGGGGUGCACUACAUCGUGUUCGUGUGCCUGCCCCACUCGUUUUCGGGGCUCGGGUGGGAGAUCCGGAUGCACUGUGAGCUGUUCUUCAACUCCUUUCAGGGUUUCUUUGUGUCUAUCAUCUACUGCUACUGCAAUGGAGAGGUUCAGUCUGAAGUGAAGAAGAUGUGGAGUCGGUGGAAUCUCUCCAUUGACUGGAAAAGGACGCCCCCAUGCGGCGGCCACAGGUACGGCUCCGUGCUCACCACCGUGACUCACAGCACCAGCAGCCAGUCGCAGAUGGCGGCUAGCACUCGCAUGGUUCUCAUCUCUAGCAAAGCGACUAGGAUGACCAGCCUACAGCCCGACAGUCAUGUGACUUUACCCGGCUAUGUCUGGAGUAACUCAGAGCAGGACUGCCUGCAACACUCGGUUCAUGAGGAGACCAAGGAACGUAACGGGAGGCAGGGAGAUGAAAUUCCAAUGGGAGAGUCUUCCAGGCCAUUGGAAGGAAGCAAAGAAGAAAUGGAAGAUGUUCUUUGAAUUGACAUCUGUGGCUUUAAAGAGCUGGUCCUUCUGAUUUUCCAAGAGCCGAUGGUCCAAGCACCUAGCCACCAUUCCUCUGCUUGAUCCCCAGAGCUUGACAAUUCAGUGUUAAAAUGUUACUUUACAAGUUUUCAGGUGCCAUGAAUUGGCUCCUAUCAAUACUGAAGACACAAAAGGAAAAGUAUCAAUGGUGUAGUUUAUUACCUUAUUUUGGCAUCAAAUUCUCCUCUAAAUUUAUGUGUGGUACUUGCUCUGCGAUUUUUCAUUUUUCUGCUACUUUUGGGUGGAAAACGUUUCAAGUGCUUGGUUUUAUUUUUUUCUUAUAAAUAUCACUCUAAGUAUGAUAGAGAGCAUUUUGUAUGUCAUUUUCCUUUUAAGAAACUAGUAUUCUCUUUCCCACUUUAAUGUACUUCUAUCACUGCAUUCAUUUUGUCUAUGUGAAGGAGCAAUUAAGGUCUGAAAAUGUAUGUUAAAAGAUUAAAGAUUUAGGAACAAGUACAUGCUGGAAAGUAAGUUAUCUGGACUUUGAUAAUACCUUUACGGCAAUUAAACUUGUUUCUUUCUAGGAACAAGGAAAAUUCCCCCAAAAGAAUAUUGCACAUAUUCCUUCUUUUGAAUGUCCCUUCUGCGAUGAGCCAAAUCUCAGGACUUCACUCCUUUGUAAACCUUGACCUGUCACAAAGUUUUUUGUCUUGAGCUUGUGUUGGCAAACUACUUUUGUAUGUAAUCAUUUAUAUUUAUAGUAAAUCACAUCACACCCAUACUUUUUCCCUCUUUGUUCUAUUACUGUAUUUCAAAUGGCAUGUAGGAUAAAUUAAAAGUUUGUUUUAAAAUUA